GUGGGGGAAUGUUUUUGUUCGGGGGGAAAAGACUCCCCCACAAACUAACCCGAGGAGCUGAGAAGGAGGGAAGCCCCAGGCCGUCCCGGGACAGGGGAGGAAGGAGGAGCCAGCUGCGGGUGCUUGCGAGUGCCAGCAGCUGCUCCUAUGGCGGUAAGAGAGUAUAAGGUGCUUGGAGUUGGUGGGAAUCAAGCACAGAAGGCUAUUUGCUUGACACACAGAGGAUUCGAGUGCAGAUAACAACCAGCAACACGAUUUCCAGCAUCUGCAUUAUUUUCUUUUGAGCCACAAUAUAUUGUGUGAAGUUUCUUGUGUAAGAUAGCAUGAGACAAACCUAACUAAACUUCAUCUGAAAGCUGAACAUCAAAGGUGCGUGAUGAUUCCAGUAACGGAACUGCGAUAUUUUGCCGACACCCAGCCUGCUUACCGCAUCUUGAAGCCAUGGUGGGAUGUGUUCACGGACUACAUCUCCAUCGUAAUGCUUAUGAUAGCAGUGUUUGGGGGAACAUUGCAGGUCACACAAGACAAAAUGAUCUGUUUACCCUGCAAAUGGGUUUUGAACAGUACGUGUAUCGAACCUCUUCAGCCACAACCCACAGUGUUGCAAACUGCAGAAUACCCAAAUGCAUCCCUCCCACCAUCUUCGAUCCUUCCCUCAUUUUCUGAUGAACCCACAGGCAUCCAAUAUGACUUAGACCGGCACCAGUACAAUUAUGUGGAUGCAGUGUGCUAUGAGAAUAAACUUCACUGGUUUGCAAAAUACUUCCCAUACCUUGUACUUCUGCACACUCUAGUAUUCUUAGUGUGUAGUAAUUUCUGGUUCAAAUAUCCUCGGACCAGCUCGAAGCUAGAACAUUUUGUAUCCAUCCUCCUCAAAUGCUUUGACUCGCCAUGGACAACACGGGCACUAUCCGAAACAGUGGUUGAGGAAAGUGACCCAAAACAGUCAUUUGUUAAAAUGAAUGGCUCAAUGGCAAAGAAAUCUUCUUCGGCAAGUGAGGACGUGGAGGCCAGUGUGCCCAUGUUGCAGAGAACAAAAUCUCGCAUUGAACAGGGGAUAGUUGAUCGCUCUGAAACGGGAGUACUGGAUAAAAAGGAAGGAGAACAAGCUAAGGCCCUUUUUGAAAAAGUAAAGAAGUUCCGCACCCAUGUAGAGGAAGGGGAUAUCGUUUACCAACUCUACAUGAGACAGACUAUUAUCAAAGUAAUCAAAUUUGCGCUUAUUAUUAGUUACUCACUUUAUUAUGUUGAUGAUAUCAAAUUCGAUGUGUCUUGUAUUGUGGACAUUCAGAACCUCACAGGAUACAGUGUGUAUCAGUGUGCUCAUCCAUUAGCCACCCUGUUCAAAAUCCUGGCAUCCUUUUAUAUUAGUUUAGUGAUUGUUUAUGGACUCAUUUGCAUGUACACACUUUGGUGGAUGCUCCGGCGUUCAUUGAAGAAGUAUUCAUUUGAGUCCAUUAGGGAGGAGAGCAGCUAUAGUGAUAUUCCUGAUGUCAAGAAUGAUUUUGCUUUCAUGCUGCAUCUGAUCGAUCAGUAUGAUCCAUUGUACUCGAAACGUUUUGCUGUCUUUUUGUCUGAGGUCAGUGAGAACAAAUUGCGGCAGCUCAAUCUGAAUAAUGAAUGGACCCUGGAGAAACUCCGGCAGAGGAUCAUGAAAAACUCUCAGGAUAAACUGGAACUCCACCUCUUCAUGCUGAGUGGAAUUCCAGACACCAUCUUUGACCUGACUGAGUUAGAAGUGCUUAAACUAGAGAUGAUCCUGGAUGUCACCAUUCCUCCAAUCAUUGCCCAGCUUACGAACCUUAAAGAACUCUGGUUGUACCACACACCAGCAAAGAUUGAGGCACCAGCUCUUGCCUUCUUGCGUGAGCACCUGAAGUCACUGCAUAUCAAGUUUACAGACAUCAAAGAGAUCCCCCUGUGGAUCUACAGCCUGAAGAACCUGGAAGAGCUUCAUCUAACUGGGAAUUUGAGUGCAGAAAAUAACCGCUACAUUGUGAUUGAUGGCUUGAGGGACCUCAAAUGUCUUAAAGUUUUGAGGUUGAAGAGUAACUUGACUAAGCUGCCGCAGGUUAUUACAGAUGUUGGUGUUCAUCUACAGAAAUUGUCGAUCAACAAUGAGGGUACAAAACUCAUGGUCCUCAAUAGUCUAAAGAAGAUGGUUAAUCUGACAGAAUUGGAGUUGAUUCGUUGUGAUUUGGAACGAAUCCCACACUCAAUCUUCAGUCUCCAUAACUUGCAGGAGAUUGAUCUCAAAGACAACAACUUGAAGACAAUCGAGGAAAUAAUCAGCUUCCAGCACUUGCGGCGCCUAGUCUGCCUUAAGCUGUGGUAUAACCACAUUGCCUACAUCCCAAUUCAGAUUGGCACUUUGAACAACAUGGAAAGGCUCUACUUGAACCGAAACAAAAUUGAAAAGAUUCCCACACAGCUCUUCUACUGCCGCAAAUUGCGGUAUUUAGAUUUGAGUCAUAAUAACCUAACCUCCAUUCCACAGGACAUUGGUUUCCUUCAGAAUCUGCAAUAUCUUGCUGUCACUGCAAACAGAAUUGAAACCCUGCCGCCUGAACUCUUCCAGUGCCGCAAGCUUCGGACCCUAAAUCUGGGGAAUAACUGCUUGCUAUCACUACAGUCGCGGGUUGGAGAGCUAACCAGUUUGACGCAGCUGGAGCUUCGUGGAAACCGACUGGAAUGUCUCCCUGUGGAGCUUGGAGAAUGCAGGCUACUCAAAAGAAGUGCCCUUGUGGUGGAGGAUGAUCUCUUCAAUACACUCCCAUCUGAAGUCAAGGAGCAGCUGUGGCGAGCAGACAAGGAACAAGCCUGAAUUUUAUUUAUACCACAGAGGGGAAAAGGGAAAUAAUCUACCUUGCCAAGUUUUCAGCAGAAUUUGCAGCCUGCUUGCACUGGAAUGAUGAGCAGGUUUGCUGCUCUGUUUUUGUAUAGCGGAAAAGAGUCCGAUUACCUGUUUGUGGAACUGGUGCUGUCCACGGGGAUCAGAGGAACAGAUGGAAUGGAAUGCUGCCAGUAAUUAAAAGAAAUCAAUUAAAUAGCUGGAUUAACUAUCUUAAUUCAAUUAAUACUUCUGCUUUAAUGAAUCACAAAAAAAAAGCUAAUACAUUUAUAGCCAUGACAUGUCAAUGGACUGACAUUGCCAAUGUCUUUGUUAUUUAUUUAACUAUUACUGUGUUGGGGGCCGGCGCUGAGUAUGCCUGAGCGGGCAGUACAACCUCUGCAUGUAAUAACUGAUGAUUUUUCUUUUAAGAAGGCCCCUCAGUCAUCUUAUUUUUUUUAAAUGCUUUCUUCACGCCAAGCUGAUUGAACUGAACUCCAGGUUUUCAUAUCCUUUCUGCCAUUAUCUUUCAAUCGGAGAAAAACACUACACUAUACUCCUGAUUCAUAUUGUCCAAACAGUCAGAGAGGAAGGGGAAUUUUCACAUGGACCUGUUUUUCAGAUCUAGACACUAUUCUGAGAAGACUGAGGAUUGAGUUUUGGAUACUGUUUGUAUAGUUUUUUUAUUAAGAUGGUAAAAGACUAAGUGGAGAGUUAAAAUUUCAAUUUAUUCAAGUUGUUCAACUCGCAUCUUUCACUUAAAAGUAAAAGAUCCUAAUAUGAAGAAAAACUAUUUUCCAUGACAGAUAAAACUUGAAAGAUAAAUCAGAUUGUAGUAUCAAAGAUAAUGUGAGAAGUGUUACUCUCCUUAGUUUGGAUGGAGAAGUUACCAUAACUCAAUGGACAUUUAACUUAAUGAGUGAAUGCAACAUUUGGUUUUGCAUGUUUCCAGGUUCAGAUCCAGGUCAGUGUUGGGCUAAUUGAAUCGGCAAAUUGGCAAGAAGGGUGGAAAAUCAGUUGAGGGUUUAGGAAUCUUGCUCCUGUUCACUGUACAGAGCCCAGUUGGAAAUUAGUGAACAUUGGUUAAGUAACCAGUUAUUGGUGAAAAUUGGUAUUUGGUUAUGCUACCCAGAGCUUUAUAAACCAGCACUUAAGAUUAUAGAAAACUUAAGUCACAAGAGACCAGUUCGCCCAUUGUGUCUUGCCAGUCAAAAAGGCUAUAAUCCUAUCUUCCAGCACGAGGUCACAGCUCUUCAAAGAAAUGUGCAAAUGCUUUUCAAUGUGAUGAGGUUUUCAGCCUCAAUCACACUUUAACAUAAAGUUCCAGUCCCCUACUUGUGUCUGGGUGAAAAGAAAAUCCUUUGUCUUUCCUACUUUAAAGCUAUUGUUUCCCAUUUUAACCCCUAUGCCAUGGGAAAUGGGUCCUUCCUAUUUACCCAAGACCCUCACUUUCAUAUACUUCAGCUGCUUCCAUUAUGAAAAUAACCCUUAGCUUCUACCAUCAUUCCUCAUAGCUUCCAAUUUACAGUCGAGGCAACAUCCUCGAUCUUUCUCUGCACCUUCUCCAGCAUAUCUUUCCUCCAACGCAGUGAUCAGAACUGUAUGCAUUGCACAAGCUGUUGUUUAACUGGUUUUAUAUAUGGUUUUAUUAUAACCAGGGGUUCCUGUAUCCUUGGCUAAUAAGGGAAAACCUCCAUUAAGCCUUUUUAAACCAUAUUAUUGACUUGUCCUCCUAUCUUUUAAGGAUCUGUGACUUUGUUCUUCCACAAUCCCAAUAUCUUCCCAUUAAUUGUGUAUCCAUUGCCUGUCACAUCUCUCCAAUAUUUUAUCUCAUUUCUCUACAUAAAAAUUGCUAAUUUUUUACACAACUGACAGACCAACUAUAUCUUUCUGCACUCUAAAGCUUCCAUUGUAUUGUCACUACACAGCCUAUUUUUGUAUUGUCUGCACACUUCAUCUUUCCCCCCUGCAGUUAAAUGUAAAACAUUUGCAUAUAUUACAAAAAGCAAGGGGCCAAGUGGACUUCCAUUGGUAACAGCCUUCAAGUCACAGAAAUACACAUCAAGCAUUACUUCUAGUAACUUUGAACCCAAUUUGCUGCUCUUUGUUGGAUCCCUUGAGGUUUUAGUUUUGAUCAGCCUGUCACUUGGGAAGCUUAUUAAAACCCUUGGCAAAUUCCAUAUGGAGAGAAUGGGAAAUUGAAAUGGAGAAAUUCAACUUGGUGCUGUUAGUAAUGAAUUUGCAUGCUGCACUGUUGCUAGUGAGUGUUGCUCCUAAUGCCUAAUUUAUUAUCUGUUUCAUCAUUUAACCCAAGGCUAAAAUUGUAUCUUCUUUACCACUCAUCUCCUAAGCCAUCCUCUGUGUUUGCAUUGUUUGGACUUACUGCUCUGUUUUUCUUGUGCUCCAACAUCUGACCAGUACUUAAUCUUUUUUCCUCUUUUUUUUCCUCUGUUCCUAUUACACCAACCUCGUCUUCCAUCACCCCACUGUAAACGGAAAAAUAAAAGUGAGAAAGAACAAUUAGGCAAUAAUGAAACUUCAACAAUUGGUAGUGAGAAGAGGGUGGAAGUGGUGCUAAGAAGCAAGCAGUGGCAACAAAGGUAUGUGGGGAACAAAGAAUAUGUAUUAGAGCAGUUGGCUUCUGAGAGAAAGAUAGUUUAACAGUUUGGGCAGAAUUCCCAUAAACAUCUCUAAAUUUUGAUUGUUUUCAGUAUUUUCUGAUUCUAUUGCAUACAAUUACCCAUGUGCUUUUGCUUGCCAGUCUAUCCAUGCUUUCAAAGCUGGUUGGCACUUCAACCAUUGAUUAAUGCACAGAAUUUCAAAUGUCUGUAUACAUUUGUGGGGGUGGGGGAGGUUGUGGGUGUUGGGGUGGAUUUGGAAAGAAGCUGUGCGGUCUUGUGAACACUGAUAUCCAAAUUCAAGUCCAGUCCAGACUGAUGAAAUAAAAGGGGCUAUGAUGUACUAGCGCUUUGGAGAUUUCUGUGUGGCCGUAUACUCUCGAUACAAUAAGCCACUUUUAGUUGGGUACCAAUUCACAAAGAAAAGUAUGGGUUUGAAAACUGCCAUGGUGGUAGUGUUCUGCAGUGCAUUUUUGGAGUAGGACCAAGUGCUAUGUUACGCAAUAAGCCAUUGCCUGAUCCAGGAGAACUCAAAAGUGAAACUAGGUUCCAAAGAUAUGAGGUGGUCUGGCCCCCAUCACUAAUUUAACACGGGAAAAGGGGUAUUGAUCAAAGCCAUUUUUGUCCCUGUUCUAUGUUUGCCCAGGAAAAUGUAUGUGGUAAGCUUCUAAUUUUGUUAAUGUUCAUGUUGCAAUGAUCAUUUACUCAAUAAGGACAAAAUAAUUAUUGCAGUAAGCUUUUAAUGGAACUGGCUUGCUUCACACACAAGUUGAAUGCUGUGUAAAACUUCAUUUUUUUAAAUUGUAAUUGAUGCUAAGACUUCAUUUCUGUGCCCUCAGGGGUGAAUAUGCCUCGAUCUAGUAGCAACACUUUUCUCAGGUUCAUUAUUUUGACUGUUUAACUUAUUAAAUGUUUAAGUGACUGUAAUUUUGUUGGUUUGCUUACACAUUUAAUCAAAGCAGUAGAAAGUAUUAUCCAAUGCUGUGAAAUAAGCUUUAUUCACAGUCUUUGUUGAAGACUACUUUUCAUUUUGCUUCUCUAAAAUGUAACCAGAAAUGUUAAUUUGUCUUAACAGCUGUAUUUUAAAGCUGCAGUGUUUUCCAGUGGUCAGCAUCUCAGUGGGAUAUCGUAAGAUAUCUCAAUAAUAAACCCAUCUUUUUAAAUUUACCUCUUGUCAGAAUAGCAAAAUCUGGCAUUUUUAUCUAAAUAAAUUGUUAGGAAUAAAUUGCAAAAUUAUUUGUAUUCUAAAGUGUUGUAAUAAGUGUGUUUUUAUUUGCACCACUGUGUUUUUUCGGAAACUAAAAUGAUUACUUACACUUGCCUCAAUGCUGUUUUUCUUCCUUCACCUUCUGUCCCUUCUAAAGAGCCUUGGGUUUCUGUAAUAAUUUCUUUUCCUGUCUUGAUUGGUUGCUGAAAGUUACUAGAUAUUCAGAAGUCAGAAUUAACUAAUCAUUUCUGCUGUUCGUAUAAAAACAAAUGGGUAUUGUACAAAUUUACAAAAAGAAAAUUCUUAUUGGGACAUUCCUCCAUGUGUGAACUUGUGCACAAAAACAACCAGCCUGUGUAUACUGAAUUUGAAGGGAUAGUGAAAGGAAAACAGUCUCCUACACAAACUGGAAUAAGUCGUGCCUAAUGGGUUCCCAAGCCAAAUCACAAAAUGAUUGUCUUGGGAUUAUACUCCAUUUUAAGAUAUGUUUGUCUUUGUUCAUAAAAAGUAAAAUUAUUAGUUGCAAAGAAAUUUCUACUCUAAUCACACAUCUUUUGUGCAGCUUUGUUGGCCGUUUAUCUGUUGCUGCUGAAAUAGAAUGAGUAAGUCACAAUUGUACAAAAUAUGCAGGAUCAGAACAUAUAAAUCCCACAUAUCAACUAUGUGUAAACCUAAGUAUCAAAGCAUUUAAUGUUGUAAAAUUGUAUAUAAAAUCAUUAUCAGUUAAUGUGACUUUUCACUGAAACUUGCAUAACACCAUGAUUGUCACUUUGUAUGUAAACUCACCAUUUAUCUUGGUGUUUGAUACAUAUUAGUGCAUGUUGUUGCUGCUCUGCUUUCUAAAGACUGCCACAUACACUGUUGUUAACAAUUGACAUGAUUAAAAUGUCUGUCCUCCUCUCACCACCCCAUCCAUUUUUAGCCAAAAAAAAGUGGGGGAGAAUAACUUUUAACCUAUAUUUAAUAUUCUAUGAUUACGUACAUUAGAAUACUCUAUUAAAAUAAAAGCUUGUAUUUAUGUAGCACCUUCAUAGGUUCAACGGAGCUUCACAUCACUAGAACUAAUUUUUAAGCAAAGCAAGGUAAAUUCCAAAGCUGAUUUGUGCAAAACAAGAAUGUACAAACAGUAACCAUGAAUGCUUGGAACAUGGGGUCUAACUUUGGAAGUAUGGAAAAAAGCAGAAACAAUAAGCUUUCCAUUCAACACCUCACCUUGCUUUUCCUUCUGUUGAUUUCAAAUUAUAUAAAGUAAAAUUAAAUAUGUAAAGUUGCAUGUAAAUUGGCUUUCUCUGAAUUGUCUCUGUAAUCUAACCUUUAGUGUAUAUAAACUCUUCACUUACCUCAAGUAAGGAAUGAAUAUUGCUACAUAUUGUUGCUGUUUAAAGCCAAAUGUUCUAAAUGGGAGGAAUGUUGGCCAUAUGAAGGAUAACUCCCUUAAUAGUACCAUGAACCCUUUAAUGUCAACAACUUUAUUGACUAGAAAAUGUGAUCAAAUCCAGCUUUGGAACUGGAAGCCUGAGUCUUAGAUGUCAGAGUGCUGCAAACUGAACCAAGCUAUUACUUUGUUCUCUGUUGCUAUUUGAUUCAAAGUUUUUCUAGUGCCUUGCCCCAGUCUCUAACUUGGAAUUGACUGCCUGGGGCAAGAUAUUUUUGAUUGACCAAAGGUUUGAGUUGAGAUCCAAAUGAGAAAUGGCACCAAGUUGGAUUGCAUAAGGGUUCUGGUAGUUAAGUGUGUGGAGCACUAGGGAGAAAGUCAU